CAUGAUUAAGUGACAACAUCCAUUCUUGGUCGAGGCAAAGAAGAUCAGGUCCAGCUGAAAUGAACUGAACUGGACUGGCCUGUAACCGUGAUAUCUUUUCUCCACGAUCUACCAUCCACUAGUCAACUUCUUCCGUCAUCAACUAUUUUAUCUUCCAUUGCAUUCUCAUCUCCGCAUUCUCCCUCCAGACUAAGGGACGAUUCUUCAUCCAUCGCUUAGUUAAUAUCUUGUGACUUGUAUCGCGCCUACGUUAGUUAGUUCACCACGACCUCCCCACCAAAAGCCGACUCAACUUCCCUGGAUCUUGAGCCCCGCCGCCACUCGUCGACUUUCGUCACUCCUCGGAGCCUCGGAGACGUUGCGCAAGGCACAAACAACAAGCCAAUACACUUCCAAGCUCAAUAGCGAAAAACUACUACUCUUUCAAUCCUUUACAUCACAUAAAUCUCUGCGAUACACCCAUAGGGAGCUCGGAAACAGCAUCUAUCAACAUGGAGACUCCAGCAAUCCCAAUGCCGCGGGACCCCCGGGAGCAAGCUAUCCUCGAGAAGCUACAGCUGGUCCGAGAUCGCCUACUGCUUCUUAAGCAGGAUCGCACAAACUACAUUCGAACGCAGGAUGUCAUGCCAUUGUUUGAUGAGACCAUGGAUCAGGUCAAGGAGUUGGCGGUUGUGCGCGCCGAAAGAGGCGAUAAGGAGGAGAACAGAUUGGACAAGGUCUUGGAGAGCUGUUUCCAGCUGCUAUCCCUCUUCUAUCUCACGAUCGGACGAAACAAUGAGGCACCAGCAACAUACGCUAUGACCUCAACUGUCAAGCGACUACUCGAUCACCUCACCGAAGCCGAGCUCUACUCAGCCAAGGAUCUCGGAAGCAUCAAGUCUACACUCGAGGAUCUGUCUAAGAGCAUCCAUGAUGCCGCCACUGAUCCAUCACCCGAUAAGCGACACCCUCCAUACAUGCUCGCACUACUUGAGAACCGCGUUGCGCUCUGCAACUCAACCUUGUCGCGACUUCAGAAGAGGUUAGAGCGAUUGCCAGAUUACCUGCUGGAGGCUCAUGAGAAGCUCAUUUCGAUCUUGCGAUCGAUCUCGUUGGCCAACACCAAGUCCAAGUUCUCCACAUCCGAGGUCAAGAAGCUACGGAACCAAAUCUUGGAAAUUGGCGAAAAGCACAAUGGGGGCACGUUUACCGCAGAGGAUGGAACUUUAGAGGAGGGAGGUGAAGUGCUUCGAGACUUGUACCACCGCUGCGUCCGCUGGUCGGACAUGGUUCUUGAGAGACAAGGAGAGGUAGCUGAGCAAUGGCGACCAAUCUAUGACCAGCUUAUCCAAAUUCGCAAUGACCUCGAGAAGCUUUCUCUUACACAAGCAUGGUCGCUCCGAGAGACGGAUCUGUACGAUUUCCAACGGCAACUUGACAGAAUUGAUGAGAGUCGACAGAACGGGAACUGGGUAGACGAGCGGGGGCGACCAGCUGAUCUGUGGACUCAGCGAACUUUGCUGUACCUGAUCCGACGGUCGUAUGCGUACAUCUACUCAUUUAUGCUGGCAUCCGAACCAGUGUCUGAAGCUCUGUUGCCAGUUUACAACCAACUGCAGACACUGAAGCGUUGCCUCGUUGAGGUCAAGAAGAACGGGGGUGUCUCCUCUGUGCGGGAACUCUACCCCUACAGCAUGAAGCUCAACUCCCUUGAUAACAUGAAAGUUGACGGCAAGUUUGUGGUAAAUGGCGACAUUCCCGAAGGACAAGGCAGUGUUACCGAAUUGUUGGCCGAAUGCUUUGAUCUCAACUACGAAUUGAGAGUUGCAGCCGAAGAAGCAGCAGAGAGCGGUUCAAACGGCAACGAAGCUUAGACCACGCACGACUUGGUGGCAGGCCAUACCAAAGGAGCAUGGAUAUGUCAGUGUACGAUGGCGUUACUAUUACUUGAAUUGGAAUCGGAAUUUUAUAGGUCAGAUAGCUCUUCCUCGCGGUUUUUGAUAAUGGCUUGAGCUCGCUUUCGUUGAGCUGGUAAUGGCACUGGUAUGCAGGGGUUAUUGAGGGUCGGUAUUAGCAGGCGGUAGGGAAUGACUGAUCACAAAGAUUCGAGGUUUCAGCAAUUGACGGAUGGACAACAGGAACAUCAUGGUGAUGUGUCAUGAUAACUAGCAGAAAUGGUAUCAGUUCACUGUUCUGAAUAGGGGCUCUAUCGUGAGUCUAUGGUAAUGGUAUUGACUUUGUGCAUUAGUUCAUUCUGAAGGCAGCCUUGAAGGGGUAGAUUUGGACCUGCAUAUCACAUUAGCAAAUUGUUCUCUAAUGGAUUCACG